UUACUCCCUUAUAGGAGCUGGUUAGACUGGGUGGCAGCAUGGUUUCGUGGGGUUAUUACUCCCUUAUAGGAGCUGGUUAGACUGAGUGGCAGCAUGGUUUCAUGGUUAGAGGGCAGGGAGGCAAGCAGGUCCAGUAGUAUCCUAAUCAUGUCACGGACAUAUGCUGUAAUGUACAAUGACUUUUCUUUGAAUAAAAUCUUAAUGAAAAAAAAAAAAUCUAAUCUCAAAACCUGCUGCUCUUGAUUCCCAGUAUGCGUGAAACCACCAUUCCUGUCAGUUUGGAACUAUGUGAAACAUAUAUGUCAACAUGACCUAAGGGAACCCACUAUAUUUACCAAUCUGUAUCAGGGCAAAGGCACAUUUUCUGAACGGAAUCUAAACAUUUUAAAAGUUAUUUGAAUAACCUGCAUCUAGAAACAGGUAUAAAUCCAGCUGCAUGUCAACAACUCUGACAGGUCAUAGUGACGGCACACUGGGCCAUAUUUUCAAAGUGUUUACUAAAGACUUUAAUUAGCUCUUGUUUUUAUUUAUUUAAAAAGGUAAAAACGCCGAUUCAUUUUAUGAAACUAGAACCAAAAUUACCAAAUAAUAUAACCUGUGUUGUCAUCAGCACUCUCAAUACGUUUAUGCUUUUGAAACUAACUUCCUUUCUUCUCAAUUCACAAAACAGCAUUAAAGAAUGGAGGAAGGGCAUUGAGAAUACAGGCAUUAUGUAGAUGUGGGUUUCUUUUCAUAGCCAGGAAUAUAUGCCAUGAAGCAGCUCCACCUGCGCAGGCUCAGUGUCCACCAGCACCUUUAACUGAACGCUAAUGUUUGACACUGGACUGGAAAUGGAAGUCAGGACUCCCUGCUUAUUAAAUAAAUACAAGCUUCCACCGUGAUCCCUCUUCACGUUAAAAAAGGAUUCCAGGGUAACUAUUGACUAAAUUAUUUCAAAAUGUACCUUUAUGGACACACUCUUCUUCAUCGCAAAACAGGCCUUGCUAACAUUGUGCCUUCCAGACUGACGUGAUAUUUUCAAUACCCAUUCAAGUCAAUGCCCAUUUGAAACACGCAAAAAACCUAUUUUUAAAACUCUUUGUGGAACCUGUGCCUGGAGGAUUCCCACCCCACCCCACAUGUAAUCGCUGUUGCUUCUGUGCAACUUGACCUCUGACCUCUGUCAGAAUUCUGUCUCUACUGAUUGGAUCCUUGCUUGAUGUGCUGCUUACUAGACUGGCUAACUAGGGGACUGAAAGUGAAACCACACAUUAUACCAAAGAUCAAAGAAUCAACUAAGCAUGAGGUCAACAAACCUUGCUUGCACAUGGGUUAUGCAGAUUUAAUGAAGUGGCCUUUUUAAUGUAAAAUCUAGACCAAGCUCACAGUAAUGUGCAACACAUCCAGGUUUCAAAUCAUGACGGCUACUUUUUCCGCUACAAUUGUCAAACUUGUUUUUUGCAUGCCUGACAUGGCCUAGUGCCCAGUGGACCCACAACAGAGGCCAAGUUACUCAUUUACCCUUUUUGUCCGAUAACAAUUACUCCAAAAAUACACCUGGGACUAUGUAAAGGAAAGUGGCCACCAAGCCCAGCCUUUCACGACUUUAACCAAGAACUCAGAGAGUAAGGCAAACAGAAGGUUUCAGAAUUGUAGUGCUGUUAGGUUAACCCUGCAGUGUUUGACCACAAUUAGGUCCAUUUCACAAUAAAAUACAGGCUGGUUCCAUAAACUCUCUUUAGUUUCCCCAUACUCGCCCCUCUUUGCAUUCUACUUUUUCAGAAAGCAGAAGGAUUUGCUUACAUCCUCCAACGGCAGUUAUAUCUUCUUCCUUCUUUUGAAGCCUGCUUGCCUCAAGGCUUAUCCAAACAGGCUGCUCCUGCUACCACUCGCAGGAGGUUUUGCAUUUCACCGUCAUGCAAAAGACAAAACCAAAAUUAAAACUAGCUGCACCAUGACUCGUUACAUAUUUCACAAGGGUGCUGAAGAAAUAUCAUGUAUGUUGGUGUUUUUGCUGUCGAAAGCUAUACUGGAUAUCAGCAUGGUCUUCGAAGGUACGCCUAACAUGCAUGACCAUGUGAUAGCAUUACUAUGACCAAAGACCACAACGACUGGCCAGCAUGAAGUGGUCAGUCAACAGACAUCACAGGUCGGCUGAUCACCUGGACCAGAGACCAAGCUCAAGCAGGUGGAGAUCUCUUUUACUUGCAUGGUCCUGCCUAUCCUUGGGAGGAGUCAGCAGCAAUUCAAUUUGAUGUGAUUAAAUAAAACUGAGCCUGCAACUCUGCUUUAGACUGCUGUAAGAGGAAAAAUCAGUCACAUGAUACUGGAUACCGUGAUGCUGUGGGGCUCAAACUGAAUCACGUCUCGUUAUGACUCAACCAGACUGGAAAUCACACCCAAAGAGGCGGAUAAGAGUUACAACAUAACACACUUCAGCCAGCAAACCUAUCAGGAACUUCGGCAGAACUGAACAAGCCGCUGCCCAUCGGCGCAGCCUCUGCCCAGUCCAUGCACACCUGCUGCCUGCUGUGCCACCGCGAGCGCCAGGAGUGGGGCACGAGCCCCGCCAACGGGCUGCCUGGCUCGGGAGUGGUGCCAGCGCUCUCGCAGGCCCUGUUGGGAGAGGAGCAAGCUGGCAGGAAGGUGCCGGAUGCCAUGCCGUCGCUGUCUCAGAGCCUGCUGGGAGAGGUGCCCCUGUGGAUCUGCCAGAGCUGCCGGAAGAGUGUGGAAGAUGAGGAGAGAAGGGCAGCGCAGGAGCAGGCUCUUGCAGUGUCCCUUUCACACUCCUCCUGCAAGACACAGAGCUGUGGGAACGGAUAUCCGGAUCACGGCAGCUCUGUGGACUGGGACCCCAGCUCCUUCCUGUCUGCCCACAAGCUCUCGGGGCUGUGGAACUCAGCACACACGAAUGGGGGAGUGCACUGUAACCACACCGCUGCCUCACACACACAGCAGGGCGGUAUGGCGGGACCAACCUGCCACGAAAAAAGACCUUCACACGAGGCUCCAGGCAAAGCUGCAAAGCCUGCUGGGACCAAGGUGUGUCCUUACAGUCACCCAGCGUCCCAGAAUUCCAGUGGGGCGGCCCCCGGCUCUCCCCUCUCUACCUCCUCUGAUCUGUGCAAGACCACCCCCAAGCACUUCAAGACCAUGUGCCGGAGACCCACGCCUCCAGGCGAAGCCUUCCACUCAUCGGAGCACCAUCAGCACUCGGACCUAGCAGUGCCGCCCAACAGUCCCACGGGGCUCUCUUCACAGCAUUCCUCUCUGCUGCCGCCCAGACAGGCGCCCAGCCAGCAUGUGCAUGCGACCUCAUCUGGCUCGGGGUCGGCCACACAUGCUCCUUUAUACCCUCUGGUACCAAACCUUCACGUGCCAGUAUCCAAGGUAGCGGCUGGGCCGGACAGCCCCGCCUCUUUACACAAGCCGGGGGCGUGCAAGAACGCUCACGUUCCAUCGGCCAACACACCACACGCCAAAAUGGCAGCACCCCCUACUGGAUGCAGUCAUCCCUGCAAUGGGCACAGCAGUGGUACCGGUGCAUCUCCCAGCGUGGCACAUCUACCCUCUGGAGGCUGCAGGGACCAGGCAUGCAAAGGGCACAAGCCGGCGAACGGGAUGGCCUGCCACCCACCCUGUGAGCUGGAGGACGGGCUCUGCGAGGACGAGGACAGCAGCUCCGAGAGAAGCUCCUGUGCAUCGUCCUCCACCAAUCAGAAGGACGGGAAGUACUGCGACUGCUGCUACUGCGAGUUUUUCGGACACAAUGCGCCCCCUGCUGCCCCAACGAGCCGGAACUACGCCGAGAUCCGAGAGAAACUGCGCUCGCGGCUCACCCGGCGCAAAGAGGAGGUGCCGCAGCAGCCGGACUCGGACCCGGCCGAGCUCAGUGCCAUCGACCACAGAGACGUCAAUGAGCUGCUGGACUUCAUCAACAGCAAUGAGCCCAAACCCGUCAACAGUGCCAAGGCUGCCAAGCGUGCCCGCCACAAACAGAAGAAGAAGGAGAUGGAGAAGGUUCAGCAGUGCAGUGUGGAGCCCCCGAGGCCUGACCGGUGCUCCUCUCCCCCAGGGCAGCAGGCAGUGGGGGCUGUGAUGGGGGAGAGCGGCCGGCUGCUGGAGUGGCCUCAGCUGGAGCUGGAGCGGGUGAACACCUUCCUGACGAGCCGGCUGGAGGAGAUCAAGAACACCAUCAAGGACUCAAUCCGCGCCUCCUUCAGCAUGUACGACCUCAACCUGGACGUCAACGACUUCCCCAAGAAAGCCGCCACCCUGGAGAGCAACCGCCUGCUGUCGCACCUCAACGGCACCUCCGAGCUGCAGCAGAUUGACUUGGACCUGUCUCCGCUGACCCUGGGCAGUCUGAAGAACCACCUGGUGAACGGCAGGGAGGAGCUAGGCUCAGCGGACAGCUCCGCAGCCAACGCCACGCCCAGCCUGUCUAAACUGAUCCAGGUGCGCUCGUCGGAGAGGAAUGGGAGUGCCAACACCGGCACCUCCCCGGCACAACCACUGGGCACCGCCACCAAGGAGGAUUGCCCAGACCCCAAGGAUACAGCAGCUGCAGGAGCUGGCAAUGGCAAGCUGAGGAAAGGCAAGAAGCAGCAGCAGCAGCAGUCCAAGACCCCCAAGCCUGAACCCCAGAAAACAAAGGAGACGCAAUUCAGGGUAUCGGGGUCCGGAAGUAGCUCCAAAGCGACCUCAAAACUAUCGGCCCAAUCCCUGCCUGUGGUGGUGGAGCCCCACAAGAGCCAGGUGGUCCAAAGCAGGAGGCCUGAAGAAAGCAAGGGGAACCGGCAGGGUCAGAACGGGGUUAUUGAUGCAGGCAGCUGCAGGCAGCUAGAGAGGAACAGCGGAGGGCCCCAGGAUAUGAGAAGUGGCCCCAGAAUGGAGCUUGAACCCGAGACAAGGGCCCACACCCCCGCAUCUACAGGCUACCAGCAGCCCAAGGGAAAGAGCAAAAAGAACAAGAACAAGGCGGACAAGUCCAGCAGUUCCGUCGAUGAUGUGUUUCUCCCCAAAGAUCUGGAUGGGACUGAAAUGGAUGAAAUUGACCGGGAGGUGGAAUACUUCAAGAGGUUUUGUCUGGAUUCUGCCAAACAAACACGACAGAAAGUGGCGGUGAACUGGUCCAACUUCAGCCUGAAGAAGGUUCCUUCAAAUGCAGCUCAGUGAGGUGGAGGUUUGGCGAGCAGAGAGAGCCCAGGAUUCGCACCCUCCACAGUAUCCCAACAUGACAGUCUGAUUGAAGACAGAUCUGCCGCCGGCACUUACUGCACAGUGGACAAGAGCAGCUCCAACCCUCCUCUUCCUCCUCCUCCUCCUGUAGAAACAUGCAACCCAGCUGCUUCAGCUCCUAAUCACUUGAGUUACUCCACUACCCCCUAACCCCAGGGUUUUAUCAGUUCAUAUUCAAACUCGAGCGACGCUUCCUGUCAGUGCAGGCUGCUCCUCGGUCAGGACUGGAUUGACUGACCGGCACUAGAUGCCUGCUUCUACUGUUGUAUUGUCCUACCUGUCUAGGAGUUUGUAGCACAGGGAUGCAGGGUCUUAGUGCACUAGGUGUAGCAGGGCCGUCGUUCUAAAGCAAAUGCAAGGGUAUGUUUUCAGAAAGGCAUGAAAUCCUUUUCAUAGUAUCCACCUGACAUGAAACCGAGCCUCUGCAAGUUGUUUCUUGAUUGCUUCUAUACCUUUGCAAAUGUUUUAUUCCUUUCAGAAAACGUGUUGUGCGCUUUCUUAAAAAAAAAAAAGAGCCUGUACUGUGUUUUUUUUUUUUAAUUAAACUUUUUUUUUUUUGUUUUUAUUUUAUUAAAAAAAAAAGAGUUUUUUAUUGCCGGUGUCGGCACUUUUACGAAUCGGAAAGCAAAAUGUGCUGAUUCUAAUUCAGCAUUCAGGCUGGGAAAAUAAUUAAUAUCCAUGGUUAUUAAAAAGAAAAAUAAUAAUAUUGUUGAAAAGGCAGUAAAAACUGUGAUAAUGAUGAUAUGACCCUUUUUUAAAAAAAUGAAUUAAUAAAUAAAUAUAAGAUAAGACCCUUUCCUCGCCUGUAACCAUAAACAGUAUUUGUGUUGCUGGUAUUGUCUAUUAAAGAUUAGUCUCUAAAAGUCAGCGCCAUCUGCUGGUUACAUUGAGGUACUUCAAACCCUUUGUUGAGCCAGACGGAACAAAGUUCUUAAGGGUCUCCGUAUUUAGAAACUUGUAUACAAAUAUAAGUGGAAAUGGCUAUUUGUGCCAGACUGUUAGUGAUCAAGUUUCUAUUAAUUAGUGUUGUGCACAUUUUUUUUUUAUAUAGUUUGCUUUUGUUGUGCUUGUCCAUUGCACAAUCUCACAAUCAAACAUGGCAAACCAAAAAUGUGACAUUAUUCACAACACUAAUUUAAAAACUUAGAAAUAAUAAUAAUAAUAAUAAUAAUAAUAAUAAUAAUAAUAUAAUAAUAAUAAUAAUAAUAAUAAUAAUAAAACAAAAGUACAUUUAAAUCAUUGCGGAACAAAACAUGGAAUAAUUUUUAUUCUAAACAAUUUCAGAAUUGAGAAUUAAAACUUUUUUUUUUUUUCCUGAUCUGAUUAGUGGAAUUUAAGCCUAUAAUAUGCAUUGUUGCUGUACAGCCCACUCAAUUACAGUGUUCUGGGCUCUUGUCUGAGUGUGCUGUACAACCCUGUAAUCGUCUCAUAUUUCAGUUUUGUACUUAAGUACAGGGAUGCAACUAAAUGUUUCCAAUGCAACCCACAGUAGCCUCAUGAACUUUUGUACGAAGCUUCAAUGCACUUGCUGUGCUGUAUCCUCCCGUACAGGAGCGUCCAGCCCUCCUUUCUAGCACAGCUGUGUAGAUUUAGCACUGACAGUACUCUCCUUUUACCGUACUGCUUUCAUCCAGUGUUUCUUACUGGGGGACCGAAUCCCUGCAAUGUCAUGUGGGGUAACAAGACUCGCAGAUGUGCUGCUGCUGCAGCCACUGCUCCUUUCUCUGUUGUAGCUGGGUGCUCUCUCUGGGCCACUGGCUAGGUUAUAUGGGGUAUUUCACAAUGUUUUCUGAUUCUGACAUGAAUUUUUUUUAUUUUUUUUAUUUUGUGUGUGUUUCAUAUCUUACAAGAUCUCUGGUGCUGUCCAGGUUAUAUUAAACUACGAGACAAUAUCUUACAAGUUUGGAAUGUAGAUUUAUACUGUACCAUUAAGGGCCAAGUGUAUGUUGGCAUCUCCUUGUUUUUUUUAUUAUUAUUCACUUUUGAUACUGUGAAAGAAUCUUUCAUUCCGAAAGAUUUUAAAAAUACAGUUUUGACUAAA